AUGAUGCCCACAGCGGCUCUAGAAAUCCAGAUGCUGGGACGAUCAUCAGCCUUCAGCGCAAAGACUAGUACGACAUGCGCGAAGCUCAACUUUGCCAAAGGCUGGAAGUCGACCAUGCGAAACCCGGCGAGUCUGUACGUCAACUUCGAAACCGAUAUUGGCCGUCUGCCUCCAUUGUCGACAUUCCAUGCGACGCUGCAUCUGCAGAGCAACGACUCCGAAGACAUCAGCUGCCGACAAGCAAACAUAACUCCUACGCUCGAUCCGACCACGAUAUCUGCAAUUGGCUACACGACAUGGGGCGUUUUCCUCUUCGUGUUUCUUGUCGGUGUCUUGCGCUCCGUCUACAGUGCCCCAGUGACGCUCGACGAGGAACAGCGUUCCAUACGGACGGUCCUUCCGAACGUCGGCGAUUGCUUGCAGUACAUCCAAUUUGUCUUCCUGACUGGUGGGCUCAGCCUCCGGUAUCCCGGCUUCUACCAGCCUGUGGUCAGCAACUUGAAUUGGUUCUCGCUUUUCGUGGUUGGGCCUGUUACACACGGGGUGACUUAUGACAAAGUCCAGGAUGGAAUCUACGUCAUGAAUGGCACGUAUGGCGGUACAUUUGGUCUGGAGUUGAUGACCCAAAUUGCAGGUGCUCCUAUGACGAUGGAUACCUGGAUCAAUAUGGUUGUUCUCAUGGUGAUUGUUGCUCUCGGCUGCGCCGUGGUGAUCGAGGUCGUGUGGCUCGUGAACCGUCACCGAAAUUCCGAUGGCGAGGUUUCUGAAUCAACUGUCGGCUUGCGACACACUUUCAGCCGUGUCCUUCGAAUCAUACUGUCCUACUUCAUGUUGCCCUUGGCGGCCCUCUCCUUUUAUCAGCUGGAUCACGCUUCGUUCUUGCCAGCAUACCAUACGUCACUCGCAGUGGCGCUCAUUGUUGCCAUGAUGGGCGCGUUUAUUUGGCUUCUCCGUCAAAUUCCUACGCACAGUCUUGGCGUCUUGAUAUUCGACAGCACGAAGCGGUAUAGACGGAUCGCGCCUACUGAGGACUUCCGACGACAUGACGAGACCUUCAUUCUCAUCCUAUUCGUUCUGGUUUUCGUCCGUGGCGCGGCCAUCGGCGGGUUGCAGAUCUCGGGCCCGGCGCAGCUGGCCGUCCUUGGCUCAUGCGAACUUCUGCUCUUAGCGAGUAUUGCUGGGUUCCAGGCCUAUUCUACCUUUUCCAUUGGCGCGAUUGCGGCAACCAUGCGCCUCUGCAGCUUAAUAUUCAUGGUGUCGUUCCUGCCGGACCUUGCGGGACACGAGACGAAAAGCGCCAUCGGCUACUUGCUUCUGGCACUGCAUACCGGCAUGCUUCUAUUGGGCUUCUUUGUCCCGGCGGUCUGCGACCUUGUUGCGCUGUGCAAGACGUGGUGGAAGGCUCCAAGGCCUGAUUCCCAGCACAUUGCGUCUGAAUUCAUCAACUACAUCAAGUCGAUACUAUCGCCCUCCUCGCUCACCAUCGCGUGGGACGUCCAUCUCUUCUUCCGAUUACUAUCGAAGAUCCGAAAGCAUUGCGUCGCCAGCUUCGUCUGCUUACCCACCAUCGAGAAGCACAUCCGCAUCCGCCACCCUGGCAGAGAAGCGAUCCAUCCAGCGUUCCGAGUCCAUCAUGUCGCCGGGUAG